UUGAAGCAUUUAAGGCACUGGGUGAAAUCAGAGAUCAAUGGACCAUUAUGUUAAAUGCUUCAAGAAUGAGGGGGUACCUAGGAAAAUGUAUUUUCCUCCUAAAUGCUGCAACAGAAGGAUGUUUGCAGACGAAACCUGCAGGUAGUGAAGACGACUACUUCUCAAGGGAGGCAAUCAGCAUGCUAGAUGAAAUGAAGCAACUCCAUACUCAACUGGAACCAAGUGAGCUGAAGCUUGAAGGUAGCAUUUCAAUAAUUGGAGCCCUUUGCGAGGACCUGCAUUCCAGAAGGUCUACACUGGAGCCUUUUCUGCAGCGGCUAUUCUUGCAACAAGAUGAAAAUCUUAUAUCUGAUGAAUCUGGUGGUCAAUGUGAUGUGGAAGAGAUUAGUAGUAAGGCUGAGGAAUGUAGUGAGGGUAAGAAGCCAGCUUCAGAAGCUCCUGUGACUUGCAGAUCCCAAGGGAAAUAUAAAUCCAAGAAAAACAAGAGGAAUCGUGGCCGAAAACAUAGGUAGAUAAGGAUUCCCUUAAAUUCUAGAGGGUGUAUAUAAGUUGAGAACUCAACCUUCUAUAUGCACAGUAGUAUAUAACGUACUUUGCUUAUGGCAUAGACCUUUUUAUUUUUUGAGAGUUACCAUAGAACUUGUGCUAUGACUUG